CCGUGUGUAGCAAUUCGUUGUGGACGCUGUAACUUUCGAUCACGAUAGAACGAACGGAUGAAAUACACAGUCAGCGUAACUUCACUGACGGAAAAUCAUCUAUAUACGACUUUUCACAAUAUUCGGCGACGGAACUUUCAAGGCAGUAUGCCAGAAUGGAGUUCAUUUUUACAUUUACUGAAAUCAGGAUGUCUGAGUUUAGACCAUCGCUCUGCUUUAUAAAUUUUGUAAAGUUAAAUUUCAAUUAAAAUAUCUUAUCGGACAAGGAAAUAUCUGAACGGUAACAUGUUUAUUUCUCACGUUUCAUCGGCGCUUUUCCCAUCUUGACAUCGAAUGUGAAACAUUUUUUUAACUUUAAAUAUAACCGUGAUUUUCAGCACAUGAAACUGACCUUGCUGAAUCGGAGUAGAAUUCUGUAUUGGAUGACAUCUGGUAUAUAAGUUCACCUAAAGGUCAACAUUUGUCAUGGAGACACUGAACAUCACGCAAAGCCCAGGCGAGGAAGACAGUGGUUCCAGUCUCAUCUUCGUUCUUCAAGGCCUCGUCAUCUUUGUCUUUGCCACCCUGAUCAUUGCUACCAACAUCCUGAACCUGAUCGUUAUCCCUCGCCUCCCCGACAUCAACGAAGCCAGCAAAGUCUUCUACAACUGCCUGUCCGUCGCCGACCUCAUCCUCGGCGUCGUUCUCCUACCCGCCUUGCCAUCUGCCAUCCUAGACGGGUGGCCUUUCGGGGAUGUCGUCUGCAAGAUCUUCGGGUUCGGUAUGACCCUCGUUGCUGGUCUAUCCUCUGCCAGUUUGCUGCUCCUCAAUCUGGAUCGCUUCUUCAGCAUAGCCUCCCCACUCCGCUACAUGGCGAUCAUGGACCGGCAAAAAGCGGCCAUCAUCGCAGCAAGUCUGUGCCUCGCCGAGUUCGUGUUCCUACUCAUUAUAAUGUUCGUCAACCCAUUCGGCGUGGGGAUCGUGGAUUAUUCGCGACUCGGGGCGUGCAUCAUGUCCUUCAACGAGCCGAAAUUCGUUGUGUAUUCGCUGCUUAUCUUUUCUGUGUGCAUCUGGUCGUUUGGCCCGAUCCUGGCCAUCAUGUACGCCAGGAUAAUCUGCAUCAGUAGGAGACACGUGAGGCGCAUUCAGGUCCAGGAACUCACCAAUCAAAGACCAAUCUCUAAGAUUGACGGAAGCGACGAAGCGGGCUUACAGGACUGCAGAACAGCCCAGGCGCCAAACAAGAAGACGGCGGUCAACCACCGAGCGAUACGUAUGACCCUCAUGGUCACAGGAACCUAUGUCGUGGCUUGGGCACCCUUUACAAUUUGCCAAAUAUACAUUGCCAUGGUGACCGAUGAUGUUUCGAUCAUCAUCCGAGCGUUAGUGUGUUGGCCCCUCCUUCUGAAUCCACUCUGCAAUGUGAUCAUCUACUCGGUUACGAAACGUUCUUACAGAACUUUGGCGCGGAAUCUACUGAAAGGAUGUCUGAGGUGUUCACUCGCAGACUUGAGGAAGGCAACAUCCCACGAGAUACUCGUGUAGAUCACAACGGUCUUUCAAGUUUGUUGCAAAAAAGGCUAGAAUAAAAUCGAAAUUGACGUAAUAAGUGAAAUCUUACUCUAGGAACAUAAUCAUUCCCGCCAAUCAUGCAAGAGAACUAUAACGAAAUAUAUUUUUAUUUUCAUGAUAUGGCAUACUGCGCCAGAGACUCAUGAAAAAAUUUAAUAAUAUUAGCCUACUCGGAAUCCGUGUUGCCAUGAUGAUCUGGAAUAGCAUAGACCUCAUAAUUUCAUAGCAUGACUUAUAGAAUGAUGUAAAUAUGUUAUUUUUAUACCAUCAGAUAAUCAUAAGAUAAUCACCGAAAUAAAAGGCAUGUACCUUUUCGUUUUUGUUACGCACGGAGGUGGUUUUUUAGAGCACUUGUCUUCUUAUUCUAUGAAGUCGAAUAAGAAUCAAGACAUGCAAAUAUAAACUAAUACCUA